AUGACAUCAAACACUGCAGAGUCAUUGAAUGCGGUAACCAAAGAUGCAAGAGAGCUGACCGUAGUAGAACUAUUAGAGUACAUAAGGACUCUUCUUGAAUGUUGGACUAAUGAAAAAUUAUUGAAUGCAAAGGGUACGUUCAUAUACCUUGGGAAAAAAUACAACAAAGAGUUGGAGGACAACAGGACAUUAUCGCAAAAGAUGAGAGUGAGGGCUUCAACAGAUUACAUCCAUAAUGUGAUAGAUGGUGUGAAGCGCUUCAUUAUUUGCCUUCAAAAUAAGAUAUGUAGUUGUGGACAAUUCCAGCUUGAUGAACUUCCUUGUGCAUAUGCUUUGGCGGCUUUGAGGCACAUGAACGAGUCUUAUGAAAACUAUUAUUCUCCUUAUUAUAAGAGGGAGAGCCUUUUGUAG